GGAGGCCCCUGAGAACAGACCUGGGGCUGUCGCGCCUGAACUAUUUCUCUAUGUUUCCUCUCGCUCCUUCCUGAGUCUUCCAGGUCCACGGAGUGAGGACACGUCUCCACCAUCAUGGGGGGCGGAGACCUGAACCUGAAGAAGAGCUGGCACCCGCAGACACUCCGCAAUGUGGAGAAAGUGUGGAAGGCUGAGCAGAAGCAUGAGGCUGAGCGGAAGAAGAUUGAGGAGCUUCAGCAGGAGUUGCGGGAGGAGAGGGCCAGGGAGGAGAUGCAGCGCUACGCGGAGGAUGUUGGCGCUGUCAAGAAGAAAGAAGAAAAAUUGGACUGGAUGUACCAGGGUCCUGGUGGGAUGGUGAACCGUGAUGAGUACUUGCUGGGGCGCCCCAUUGACAAAUACGUUUUUGAGAAGAUGGAGGAGGAGGAGGCAGGCUGUUCUUCUGAGACAGGACUCCUCCCGGGCUCUAUCUUUGCCCCUUCGGGUGCCAAUUCCCUCCUUGACAUGGCCAGCAAUAUCUGGGAGGACCCACUCUUCAUCAUCAGGAAGAAGGAAGAAGAGAAAAAAAGAGAGGUAUUGAAUAAUCCUGUGAAAAUGAAGAAAGUUAAAGAAUUGUUGCAAAGGAGUCUGAAAAAAAAGGAAAAGAAAAAGAAGCACAAGAAACUUAAGCACAGAAGCUCAAGUAGUGAUCGUUGCAGCAGUGAGGAUGAGCGCAACUGGGGGAGGUCUCAAAAGAAGAUGGUAAAUUCUUCCUCUGUUUUAUCCAAAGUUCCUGGGUAUGGUUUACAGAUCAGGGACUCUGACCAUAGCCAGUGUCUGCAGGGCCCUUUGAUGGCUGAGCCAAAAGGAGUGCAUGGGUGGAAGAAUCACUCCAGGUCCAGGAGCUCCUCCCCCUCACCUCCCAGACAUGCCAGCAAGAAGAGCACCAGGGGAGGGUCCCGGGACAGGAGGUCUCGAUCCCCGGACAGGUCACGGUCCCCAAGGCCAAGCAAAAUGCACAACUCUAAGGUAAACAGGAGAGAGAGCCCAUCACCUAAAAAAGAGGUCUACCAAAGGCGGCACGCACCUGGAUAUACCAGAAAGCUCUCAUCAGAGGAACUUGAGCAAAAACGGCAAGAAAUGAUGAAAAAUGCCAAGCGGCGGGAGGAAGAGAGGCUGAACAUCCUUAAGAAACACGCGAAGGAUGAGGAAAGGGAGCAGAGGCUGGAGAAGCUGGACUCUCAGGGCGGGAAGUUUAUCCACCGCAUGAAGCUAGAGAGUGCAUCCACCUCCUCCCUGGAGGACCGGGUGAAGCGGAAUAUCUACUCUUUACAGAGAACCUCGGUAGCCCUGGAGAAGAACUUUAUGAAAAGAUGAAACCAUCCUCUCUUGCUGGUUUUCCUGAAUGUUCCAGGGAAGCUGCUGACCCUUAAAAAU